UUUAAACCUGUAGCCUCUCCCCUUCUCUUCACCAACAUUCACACUCACGGUGGCAUCGGACAAGAGCUUCAGUCAUACAAGGAACUUUUAUGAGCUAAAAAAAUUCCAAGGCUGCCUGGUUCUGUUUUUCUUUUGCAAAUCUUCAAAGAGUAAAAACCCUUUUCUCUCUCCGAUUACUGCCACAAGCAAAAGCUGAGAGACAGACGUACCCUUUCCAACGUGGGUCCCAGUGGACUUUGUGUUUAUCAGCUGUUUUUGCUGUCUUGGAGCUGUUUCCACAAUACAGUGUGUCGUGGCUGGCUUUCUCUGGAGUGCUGAAUACAGCUGGAGAAUAAGAGCAUAUCUAACAAAAUGCCAAGGGACUGCCAGACAGGCAGGCAACAAACCAGCUGCCAAAUGAGUUUAUUGUCACCACCUCCUCAACCAGCGGGAGUAGCAUCCUCACCGUUGCUGUUGUUCCCAAAACCAAACUGCCACCCCAACUUCUUCAAGAAGCACCCGCAAGAAAUCUGCCAGAUAAACUGCAAAGAAAGCUCCCUAGCUGUCGUGGAGAAAAACGGGAGCGUUCUCAUUUUUGACAAAGAGGGGGAACACAGAAAACCCGAAUGCGUGAAUUCAGGAAAGGACACGAGGGUGCAUUCCUUGGACUGUGGAGCAGCUCAUAUGCUCAUUCUCUCCUCGGAUGGAAAGCUUUCUGAGCGCAGCAUUUCAGCCCUAGCUAAUAAGUCGGAGAUGAGACUGCUGAAAGAAUUAAGAGACAAAUACAUUGUCCAAAUCGCAUGUGGGGACCAUCAUUCCAUGGCACUGUCUAAAGGAGGUGAGCUUUUUACCUGGGGACAGAACUCACAUGGUCAGCUUGGAGUGGGGAACCAGAUUGCCUUUACCGACAAACCACAACUGGUGCGGGAGCUCAGAGGCAUCCCGCUGGCUCAGAUUGCUGCAGGAGGAACUCACAGCCUUGCCCUGUCGCUCUCAGGAGCCGUUUACUCAUGGGGGAAGAAUGAUUUUGGACAGCUGGGACUUGGAGACACACAAAACAAAUAUUACCCUUCAUACAUUAGAGCCCUAGAACAUAAGAAGACUGUGUAUAUCUCGUGUGGUGGAGAGCACACUGCCGUUCUCUCACAGGAUGGGCUGGUGUGUACCUUUGGAGCUGGAGAUUAUGGGCAACUUGGUCACAACUCCACCCAGAAUGAACUGACACCUCGUAUUGUGGCUGAGCUGUUUGGAGCAAGGGUGUCUCAGAUAGCAUGCGGAAGAUGGCACACGCUCGUCUAUGUCCCCUCCUUGGGAAAAGUCUAUUCAUUUGGUUGUGGAGCAGAAGGGCAGCUGGGCAAUGGUGACACAUCUAAUCAGUUGAUACCACUGCCUGUCGAAUUACCUUCAAAGUGGGUGAAUGGUGGAAAACUCAACCAGGGAAACAGUACCUCCGAAAAGGUGAUUAAAAUUAUUGCGGGAGGAAACCAAAGCAUUGUGCUUUGCUUGAAGAAGAAGAAUCCAUAUGUUACUUUGAAUGGAAUUGCCAUAGCGGAAGACAAGGAGGUGGAUAAAUGGAUUUCUAAUUCGGAUCCUAAACAGUGGGAGAAUAUAAAGAAGACUAUUUGGCUGAUGUUUUCAUCUGAGGCUUGUGUCAAUGGAAGUUUCUUGGACAAAAGUAGAGACAAACAUUUCAGAACCUCCAAAGAAAUCUCAGGCGUAGAUAUGUCAGCAGUGCUUCUUUUUUAUGAGAAGAUGAACAAGAAACCAAAAGUCUACCAGGAGAUGAUCUCUGCAGUUGAGAAAUUGCUGUCAUCGCUGUCUUCCUCUCCCAGCUCACCUGAAGCUCUCAGGAUCUACCUGAUCAUUCCUGUUCUUUCACGGGGACAGGAUAACAUGUCUUACUGUCUUCUUGAUCGGCUAGCAGAAGCCAUCCUGAGUCUCCAACAAAAAGACCUGAAAGUUCUUGAAUCCCUGUGGUCAAAUCUAGAAAUAUCCUUUUUCAAGGACCUAGUGAGCAUGUAUCAAAGGGUUUCCAGAAUCAAUCUAUCUCUUUUCAUCAUGCAAGUCAGAAACUCUGAAAAAGUUACCUGUGAACCACACUUGAAUAGGACUCUGAAAAUGCUGCAGAUUCUUUACCAGGUGAAUUCCAGUGCUGGUUUCAAAAUACAAGAAAACAACUUCUAUGUACCUGAAGUGAAAAUGAUUUGGGGACAGAAUUGGUAUUUGAAUGAAGGAACAACUUUCGAGCAGUGGAACAAAAACCUGAUUUCAAAGCAUUUGGAAACAAGGGCUUUGUUGAAACUGACUGCAUACCCUUGCAUCUUUGACAUGCAAGAUAAGAUUGUGGUUUAUGAAAUUGACCGCCAAAUUCUGUUCGGGAUAUAUAACACAAACUCUUUCCUGGUGCCACGAGGCCCGUGGUGUUUAGAGGUCAGAAGAGCACAUCUUGUGGAUGACGUGUGGCAGAAUUUAAGGAGUGCAGCACCUAAAACAUUUGAGAAAUUCUUGAAAGUGCAGUUCAUUGGAGAACAAGGUAUUGAUGAUGGAGGGUUGUCCCAGGAGUUCUUCACUAUCAUUACAAGGGAACUGUGUUGUCCAGAAGCACAGAUAUUCAGACGUUUUGAGGACUCCACGCUGAUUUGGUUCCCCUCCCAGGUACCAGGAAGCGAAGACACCUUUUCCCUGAUUGGCACUCUGUUUGGAAUGGCACUGUAUAACAUGAAGAUCGCUCCCUUUCAUUUCCCUCUAGCUCUGUACAAAAAGUUGCUGGAUAUUCCACCCACUCUAGAAGACUUAAAAGAGCUGUCUCCUACAGAAGGGAGGAAUCUUCAAGAAAUCCUGGAUGAAGACUAUGAUGACAUCCUUGAGAACAUGAUGAUAGAUUUCACAAUAAUGAAGGAACAAGGAGGAUCUAUAGUUUCCAUUGAACUUAAAGAAAAUGGUGCAGACAUUCCAAUCACAAAGCAUAACAGGAAAGAAUACGUCAAUGCAUACGUGAAUUAUGUGUUCAAUGAAUCGGUAAAGAAGCCAUUUGAAGAUUUCAGGAAUGGGUUUUUAAGAGGCUGUCCAGCUAAGAAGUGGAAGCUCUUCCUUCCUAUCGAGUUCCUGACUGUUUUCCGUGGACAUACAAAAUAUGACUGGAAGCUGCUGGAAGAAAAUACAAAGUACGAAGAUUAUGAAAAGUCUGAUCAAACCAUCAAGAAUUUUUGGGCUGUGUUUCAUGAACUCCCAGAAGAAAAGAAGAAGAAUUUUCUUGCUUUUCUGACAGGAACGGAUCGAAUCCCUGCCGAAGGGAUGAGACAUUUUCAAUUCACUAUUGCAGACUUUCAAAAAGAAAACCCAGACCUUUUCCAUCCUAUUGCCAAUACCUGCUAUCACAUCUUGGUGCUCCCGAGAUACAGCAAUGAAGAGAUCCUUCGGGAAAAGUUCCUGAAUGCCUUAGAGUUUUAUGAAAAAUUUAGCCUAUCAUAAAUUGUGGCCAAGAGCAAUUUAAAAAACAUUUUUCAUGUCUUACUUGCAAUAGUCUUCUAUUGUUAGCUCUUGUGGGAGGAGAAGCCACCAAAUCCUGUCUUUUAUUUGUACUGCACCUUAAAAACAUUCAGAUUCAUUCAUCCAUUGGGAUUGCACUUUAACAAAGGAGGUGAUUCUCAGGCCUGCAGUCAAAGUACCUAACAUUGUAGAACAGGUUUGUAAAAAGACACUGAACUAACUAACCAAAUGCAACAUUGACUAAACAAAAAUGUAUUAUUGUUAUUGGUUAAAUGACUUUUUCCCUGCAUAAUCUCUUACAAUGGAUAUAAAGUGUGUGUGUGUGUCUGUGUCUGUGUGUGUGUGUGUGUGUGUGAUUGAUUUUGUGAUAUGACAGGUGUAUAUAUACUACAUAGGAAUUUCAAAGGUACCUAAUGGAUUUAAAUGCCCAAUUCUCUUAGAAUUUCAUUUGGAUUUGGGUGAAUGAGUCUCUUAGGUUCCACUGCAAAUCCCAGCCUUAAUAUGUAUCUAAAGAAAACGUUGUAAUUAAUUAUAUAAUGGUAUAUAUAAUAGGUUGACAAUGUAUAUAAUAGGUACUUUUAACUUGAGGGCUACCUAAUGAACUGCUGUGUUAGGCAAAAUCACCCUCCCGGUUUUAACUCUCAUGCUUCCUACAUUCCCAGCAUUUAAAAGAAUCUUGCUGUUUCACAGAUGUUUCUGGCUGGGGUUUUCAAAGGAGCAUAAGGGAGCUAGACACCCAACUCCCAAUUAAUUCUAAUGGGAGAUGGGCAACUGACUCCUGUGGCCACUUGGAAAGUCUCCAGUAUACCGAGCGGUCUCCACAUUCAGCAAACAAGAGGUUAAUUGGAUGCUGAGAGGAGGGGUUGGUAAAGACAGUGAUGACUCUGUCACUCUACAGUGCUCUUAUUUGACAUGGGCCUGAUUACUCGGCAAAAUAAGUCACUAUCUUUGCCAGUUGCAGAAGCCUGAAUUGUGUUCACAUGGUGACCUCAAGAAGCAGAGAUUCUCCAUACUUUGUAUCUUUAUAGAACCAACACACUGUCAAUGCAUUCUUAAUACACCUCUACCCCGAUACAACACGACCCGAUAUAACACGAAUUUGGAUAUAACGCGGUAAAGCAGUGCUCUGGGGCGGCGGGGCUGCGCACCCCGGCGGAUCAAAGCAAGUUCGAUAUAACGCGGUUUCACCUAUAACGCGGUAAGAUUUUUUGGCUCCCGAGGACGGCGUUAUAUCGAGGUAGAGGUGUAGUAGUCAUGCCAAGGGGAAAGGAGGAUGAAAUUUUCACUGAUCAGAAAUAUUAGUGAUGAGUUCUCUAGCCUUACCCACUACCUAAGGGGGCCUGAACCUGCAAAUUCGUACUUGACUGAGCAGUCCAUACUCUCACAAGCACUGCCUUUGACUCCCCCAAGUAAGAGUUUUCAGGAUCAGGACCUAACAUGGAAAAUAUUUUAUAUUCUGUCAGUCAUUUCCAGGCUUCGCUAAAAGCUGUAUUUUUAAAGCAUUAAUGCAAGGGCCUUGCAUUCCCAACAAGCUGUAAACUUAUUAUUUUAAUGUAAGUAGUUUUUUAAAGAAGGUGUGUGAUGUCCUAAGCAAAUAGAUUUCAUUUUCAAAAGCAUGCUUUUUUUUAAAUAAAUGUCACUGCUACCAUAAGUUAAACUCUUAGGGUGUUUUACUGACCCUUUUGCCAAAUGUUGUGUUGAAAUAAAUGAUGAUAGGCUU